UAUAAAUCGGAAGUCAUUUUCCGUGAAGUCAUGUCGAAGAUAGUUUGGUGUGAAAAUGUUUUGCUUUUCAUUUUACAGAUUUUAAGGCUCAGCGAGUCCUUCAUAGAAGACCCGUCAUGCAGAUGCGGCCAACAAGGGUAUUUUAUUUCCAAUAUCGUAGGUGGGAGGACAGCGCAAAAUUACACGUAUCCUUGGCAAGCGGCCAUUUAUGACAACGAGGAUAAAUUUGCGUGCGGGGGAUCAGUCAUAACAACGUUUCAUAUCCUGACAGCAGCGCACUGUGCCGAAGGGGAAACUGGGUGGUAUAUUCAGCUGGGGAUGACAGACAUGAGAGCUAAAGAUGGAGUUCGUUUCGAGUUGCUUAGUUGGAUUAUUCAUCCAGGAUUCCAUCUUCGAGAGUCGGCUAGUUGGAAUGAUAUAGCCAUUGGGUAUCUGACACCUGAAAUAAAGUUUGAUUAUCAUAUUCAGCCCGUUUGCUUGAAUGAUAAUCCAGAUCUGAUAUUGGAUAGUAAAAUCGCAAAGAUAUCUGGAUGGGGUUCGUUGAAACAACGUGGACUGUACCCUGACUAUUUACAGGAGGCCGAAGUAGAAAUCUAUUCUGACAGAAGAUGUAAAAAAAGUAAGCUAGGUUACUACUAUCGUCCAGAGAUAAUGAUGUGCGCUUCGUCGUAUCCCAUGGACUCUUGUUCGGGUGACAGUGGAGGUCCUCUUGUUUUGGACUCCGGAUGGGGUUACAUGUUCCAAGUCGGUAUAGUGUCCUUCGGUAUAGGAUGUGGUUUACGUGGUUCUGCUGGAGCUUAUGCAAGAGUAUCGACAUAUUACGAUUGGAUCCAGGAAGUUACAAAAAAUGUGAAGACGUGUUCAACCCCAUGAGUUUAAUAAAGGCUUGCUAGUAGGAUACCGGA